AUGGCUGAUUCGCCUACUCGCCCCUCAAAUACACGUCGUUUUCGUCCCUUCGAGGAGAGUCAACGACGAAACUCGACCCUCUCAGACUCCCUCUCAGAGGCCCGCAACUCGAUUCGCUCAUCGACCGACGACUUGUUUCUACCGCGCGUCACGAAAGGUCAUGCCGCACUCUCAGCCGAAGAAUCGAAUUGGCAUUCUGCACCGCUCGGACUGGCCCUGCUGCCCGCAAUUGCGGGUAUUUUCUUUCAUGAAGGUAGCUCCGUCGUCACCGACGUCACAUUACUAGGCUUGGCUGCGAUAUUUCUCAACUGGGACUGGUAUCGCUCGGCCCAGGCCAUCCGACGAGAAGAAAGUGGAUUCCCAGCGCCCGGCGAUCCCCCAUACGAGCUCGAUCAAGAACAAGAACCCCAACCCAAACAGAAAGAAGCAGCAACAGCCACCUCCGAGCUCCAAAUACACGAGCUUAUAGCUCUAGCCGCCUGCUUCAUAUUCCCCAUAAUCGGCACCUGGCUCCUGCACGCCAUCCGCUCCAGCCUCUCCCGACCCUCCGAAGGCCUAGUAUCAAACUACAACCUAACAAUCUUCCUCCUAGCCUCCGAAGUCCGCCCAGCCGCACACCUCCUAAGACUAAUCCAAAACCGCACUUUACACCUCCAACGCAUCAUAGCCUCCUCCGCAAACCCAGUCAUAAACCCAACGACUUUAGAUGACCUAACAAAGCGCCUCGAAGAGCUCGAAGCUCACGUCGCAGAGACAGCAACCGCCCGCCUCGCUACCCAAAACAACGUCUCCCCGAAAGAAAAAGACCCUCUCGAAACAUCCUCAUCCAUUGUCACUCACGCAGCUGUUGAAACCCGCAAAGCCAUACAACCCGAUAUCGAAGCCCUGAAUCGCGCCGUUAGGCGCUACGAGAAACGCUCCGCCCUCUUCACCCUACAGACCGAUCAGCGCUUCGCGCACCUCGAGACCAAGGCCGCGGACGCGUUUACGCUGGCUGCUGCGGCGCAGCGGUCGGCCGAGUCGCGUCGGCCGAAUUAUGCGCUCGUCUUGUUAGAUUGGGCUUGCGCAUGCAUCGUUGUCCCUGCUCAGAUUGCGCUGUCAGUUCUUGGCUGGCCUGGGCGCGUGGUCUCCGGGUGGUGGGAUGCCGUGAGACGUAUCGUGAUGGGGCGGAAGGUUAGGGUACAGCCGCAGCCGCAGCAGAGAUCGAAGUCCAAGUCUGGAUCGAAGGGGAAGACUGGAAGUGGAAGUGGGGGUGAGGGAGUGGAAUUAUCGGGUGCCUAUCGGCAGAGUGGUGGGCUGGCGGCACUACAGCGGCGGCCUGGGAUGAGAAAUGGGGAUGGGGCAUGA